AUGCCAUCCUCCCACGCAGCUCGCAAAUCCCACAACGAACGCAUCGCCCGUGAAAGAGCGCAACAUACACACGUCUACAUCUCCGGGUUGUCGGGGCACCACACGCUCGAACGAGGUCUCGCGUACUACUACCGCGGACACUAUAUCUACGCCUACCCAGCGGGCAACUUGAUCGAGCCAAUCCCAUAUAGUACCAGGAAGGGGAUCAUGAUUCAGGGCAUUGUGUCUGCGUCGGCGCCGGGGUAUGAUAAGGAGGAUGAGGGGCUAGUGGAGGAGGAGAGCAUACGGGCGCUGGAGGCUAGUGUUGAGGGGGAGAAGAGGGCUAAGGAGGAGAGUGAGGAGGACAAGGCGAAGGAAGUUGUAUGUGCGCUGGAGGAUGGGGUGGAUGUGGUGAAUACGUCCAGGACCCCAGCUCCCUUCCUCACAGAUUUGCUUGUCAAUGAAGCACUGAAGCCCUCCAGUCGCUCUGCUUCACCUUCUCUUCGCCCUCCACCAGCUGCUGAAGCGCUCCCGCCCACCAUCACCUCCUUCGCCGUGCUCCGCGAUGCGGCGCUGAACACCUUCACACCACAACUCGGCGCGCGCUUCCUCGCCGCCUCCGCACCAGGAAGUCGUCUCGCCUCCCGCGCCGCCUCACCUUCCGGACUUCGGCCUACUUCAAGCCACGUCGGACUGGCUCGUCUAGGCUCUAUACGCGGUCAUACCCACCAUCUUAACAUCCCCAUCCACACAGCUAAUUCUUCAACAGAAGACACCCCAUCCCGCCCUGCUUCUUCAGUAAGGUAUCUCUACGGUCUCGGAGACCAUGCUCUUUCUAUAGAAGAUCUACCCCGUCCCGUGGGAGUUAGUAGUGGUGGGAGGGUGGCACCGUGCACGAUUCAUGGGGAGGAGUGCGAUGGUGUGUCAGUCAAGGAGCUAUGGUUGACUAAAAGAGUGGUAUCUGGUCUCGGAUUUGUGGAAGAGUUGCCGAUGAUGGAGAGGGGGGGUAGGGUGAUGGUGGAUUGGGCGGAGCUGUUGGAGGAGGCGAGGGCCGAGGGCGGUCAGUGA